UCGGUGCUGUAUGAUUUUGGUCACAUGACCAACCCGACUAGUUGCACCAGAAGCUGGGACAGGAAAGUCUGGAAAAUUCCAGUCAGUUUUCUUCUAAAUUACCUCGAGAAUUUGAACCAAAAACAACAUGGGAUGUGACGGAGGAACAAUCCCAAAGAGGGAUGAGCUCGUCAGGAUGAAGAAAAAGCCAGAACAGAAAGACAAGGAUGCAGACAUGGUGGCCAAAUGGCAGCACUGUGCCCUCAGCCAGGAGCCGCUGCGACCGCCCAUCAUGGCCUGCGAGAUGGGUCGUCUCUACAACAAGGAGGCCCUUCUGGAAGCCCUGCUGGACAAGUCAGGAAACCCCAACAUUCAGCACAUCCGUGGGCUGAAGGAUGUGAAAGAGCUGCAGCUGACAGAGAACCCAGCACGGAAGGACAACAAGGCAGACAACGGUGAUGCAUAUGCCGACCAUCAGGCAGCAAAGUACAUCUGCCCAGUUGUGGGUCUGGAGAUGAGCGGGCGGUACCAGUUCUGUUUCCUGUGGGGCUGUGGCUGUGCGUUCUCGGAACGAGCACUGAAGGAAGUCCAGAGCAAGACUUGUCACAAAUGCGGGGCUGCCUUCGGUCCAGGGGACGUGGUGACCUUGAACCCAGCUGAUGACGACAUUCCCAGGGCAAAGGAGCUCAUGGAGCAGCGUAGGCUGAAGGCCAAAGCCGACAAGAAAGCCAAAAAACAGAAGAGAGCUGCCCCAGAGACUGUAUCCAAGGCACCGGCAGAGGCCUCAUCCAGCAGUGGCAGUUCCUCACCAGAUGGACCACCGUCCAGCAAACUGACCAACGGAGCAUCGUCCAGUUCCGCAGACGGACCUCCCCCCAGUAAGCUGACCAAACUGACCAAUGGUGCAUCGUCUUCCCGAGUGGACAAAUCCAGAGUAGGCUCCAAACCGAACGGUGCUCACAAAGGGAAGGCGUCGAGUAUUUACAACGAUCCUAACAGGAGUGAAGUGUUCAAGUCCUUGUUCACCUCCCAUCAUAAUGCCAAGGAGAGGGUGGUCCACUGUGCCAGCUGGGUCAACAAGAGUAUCUAGGACUUUGGUGACUGCAAGGGACUUUAUUUUCUUCAAAAUGUUCCAGCUGCAUGUUUUGAAAACAAGAAGAUGGAAGUGUAAAUAAAUCAGGACUAGUAUGUAUGAUAGAUUAGGGGGCAGGGGAAUGUAAAGAGAUAAUACAGUACUUGGAGUCUCACUGAAUAAACCACACUUGCACAACUUUAAGAAACACAUAGUAGACAUACUUUUAAUGUAUUGUACACAUGUACGUGUAUUGCAAUGAAAUUAGUUGACAUGACACAACCUUUUUAUUCUGCUCAAUUUUGAGCAAAUAAACUGAUGAUGCCAGUGUACAUGCUCAUUUUGUCUUUUGCCAUGAAAAAUAUAAUUCAUCUGGAUGUGUUUCAUUCACUUUCUGUUUUUUUGCAUAUCUAAGCGAGAUCUUUGCAUAUGUUCAACAAAACAAAAUGUAGCUGUAAGUUAUUACAUUCCAGAGCAUGACAAUGAAGUUUAAAGUUACGUCUGUGCAAUUUUACACAACAUUGUCUACAGGUGAUAGUCAACAUUUUGUUUGUAAAUGAUAUAGGCCUCUUUAUUAGUUUCUGAUAUGUAAAAUAAUCCUGGACAAAAUAUUUUGUAUGUACAUAAGUCGCACCUUGUAUGAUGGUGUAAUACAAUAAAAACUGUA